CCGGAGCGGCGGCGCCGCCGUUGCCCGAUGGCGGUGCGGGGCUGGCGCCCGGCCGUGGCCGCGCUCGCUGCUGCGGGGCGGCCCCGGGGGAGCGGCCCCGGGGGGGCCUCGGCUCCCGGAGCGGGGCCGGGCCCGGAACCGGGGGCUGUGGGGGAGGCCGCUACAGCCGCGCUCUACGUGCAUUGGCCCUACUGCCGCAAGCACUGCUCCUACUGCAGCUUCAACAAGUACGUGGUGCCGGCGGUGGACGAGGCGGCCGUGCGCUCCUGCCUGGUGCGCGAGGCCCGGACCCUGCUCCGCCUCGGCCAGGUGCAGAGAGUCACCUCCGUCUUCUUCGGCGGGGGCACACCCAGCUUGGCCAGCCCCCAAACCAUCGCCGCCGUGCUGGAGGCUGCCGUGGAGGCCGCCCACCUCCCUGCGGGAGCCGAGGUCACGCUGGAGGCCAACCCCAGCUCCGCCAGCCCCGCGCGCCUCGCCGGCUUCAGGGCGGCCGGCGUCAACCGCCUCUCGGUCGGCGUGCAGUCACUGGACGACGCCGAGCUGCGGCUGCUGGGCCGGGAGCACACGGCGGACGAGGCACGGGCGGCGGUGGAGGCGGCACGGGGGCUCUUCCCUGGCCGCACCUCCAUCGACCUCCUCUUCGGGCUGCCGGGGCAGAGCCGGGAGGCCUGGGCACGGUGUUUGGAAGCGGCGCUGGGGCUGUGCGACGACCACCUGGCCCUCUACCAGCUGACGCUGGAGCGGGGCACGGCGCUGGAGGCACAGGUCCGGCGGGGGGCCCUGCCCGCACCCCCCCAGGACCUCCUGGCCGACAUGUACCACACCGCCCGGGCCGUCCUGGCAGCCGCUGGCUUCCGCCAGUACGAGGUCUCCAAUUUUGCAAGGAAGGGCGCCCUCAGCACCCACAACCUCUCCUACUGGCGGGCUGAGCAGUACAUCGGCGUGGGGCCGGGGGCGCACGGGAGGUUCGUGCCGUGGGGUGAAGGCAGCUGCCAGCGGGAGGCCCGCGUCCAGACGCCGGAUCCUGACACCUGGAUGAGGGAGGUGCAGAGCUGCGGGCACGGCACCCGCAGGCGGGCGGCGCUGAACCCCUUGGAGCAGCUGGAGGAGCUGCUCGCCCUGGGGCUGCGCACGGACGAGGGCGUCACGCAGCAGCGCUGGGGACGCUUCUCCCCUCAGCUGCCCCUGCGGGCCGUGUUCGGGGUGCCGGGGGAGGCGAUGGCGCUGCAGCAGCAGGGCUGGCUGCUCCUGGACGGCGGGGGCCUGCGCUGCACGUCCCAGGGCCUGGCGGUGCUGGACUCGCUGCUGCCCGGCCUGCUCUGCCAGCUGCAGCGCUGCUGGGCGCACACGGCCGGCACCGGGGGACGAGGCACAGAAGAACGUGGAGGAGAGGCAAAGAAAAAGGUCCGUCAGACCCCACCAUCAGAGCACAGAGCUCUCCAGAACUGGCACCGUAAUAUGGCCAUCAGGAAAAAGCAGGAGAAGUACCUAGGAGAAAUUCUUCAGAAGCCAGAAAAUGAGUUGUUGAUGAGCAUCUCAGAGGAUUACAGACAAAUCCAGGAAGAACGGGACCUCAUUGACCGGAGUCUCCCUGCCCUGUUUCCUGGAAAGGGCUACCGAACAGGAAGCGAGUUCUGGAGCCAGCCCGAGCGCAUCGGAGAUGAACUCACUGGCCUGAUGCUGACCCUGACUCAGAGGGAACGGGGCUACCCAGCGCCAGUCACUCACGUGGGGAAACCCCACACUGUGCGAAUGGAAACGGGUCUGAAACCUCCGAAGAGGAUCCCUUUCCGUCUAACCUGGGAUAAGAGUCUUUUCCUGAAACGCCGACGGCAAGAGCUAAAGUCUGUCCUAGAGGAGCUAGACUUUUAUAAGCCGGAUCUGGACGGGCUGGAGGUGAUCGGUAAAGGGCAGCCUUUCACGUCUGUCUCAAUGCAGUCUCCUCCAUGUUCCACCAGUUCUGAAAAGCCUGAGACCCUUGACUCCUUAGGGGAUUAUUAUGAUCUGGUGCCAGAAGCAGUAUGGGGCCCAUCUUUAGACUUCUGUGGCCAGCCUGCACGUUGGAUCAACUGCAUCACUUCUUGCAGGCAUAUAGUUGGCAUUGCUGCCCGUCUCACUUUUGAGACUGUGGCUGGAGAAAAAGCCGAAAGCUUCCUGACAGUGAGCAAUGAUGGCACAGCUGCCGUCUGGUAUAACUGGAGGAGGCUUCUCCAGCAGAUUCCCUCCAGAGAAACCAAGAGGAUGCAGUGUUUUUACUUUGAUGCCAGACCAGGUGUAAUUUUGCCUGGAGAAACUAGAAAGUUUGUCUUUCUUUUCAAGUCAGAGAGAGCUGGCAUUUUCAGCGAGUCCUGGGAAUUUAGGACACAUCCUCUGUUAUUAGGAGGAGCUCUGCUGCAGGUGACCCUUUGGGGAAUUGCUGUGUAUGAGGAUAAAUUGGCUGACCUCAGAGAGAAACUGGAGUCUGACCUGGCUGCUAAAGAGGGUGCUGCUAUAGUAGAAGAGACUCUGAAGGAACUUCUUGUCCGAAUUCGGACCCCAGAGCGCACCCCAUCUCCUGUGGAUGCCUAUGUCACAGAGGAAGACUUGUUCCACAGGAAGAAUCCCAAGUUGCAUUAUCAGCAUCGAGUGGUUAAGCAGCUGCAGGAACUGUGGAGACAGCACGUGACCGUCCCUCCAGCCUCUGAGGAGAAAGUGCCCUCAGACCUGAAGAGCAGCGUGGAGGACAUGCAGCUCCUUGAGAGUGUCUCGGAGGCUCUCUCCACUCAGGGGAGUGCUACAGAGACCCCAGACUGGAGGAGCACACUCGAUGUGACUCUGAGUCAAGUGGAGGUGGAAAAGGAAGAGCCAGGCCCCUCAGCAUGGAACUUUUCCUUCGAGGACUUUAAGCAGGUGGCUAUAAAGUUGAUCCCGAAGGAGGAGCAGCGAGAAGAAGCACUGACCCAGCUCAAUAAGGCAGCACUGGAGCUGUGUGUUGAACAGAGGCCAACCCAGUCAGACCUUUUGUAUCAAACCUGUCUCCAGCUGUGGCGUGAAACAAUUGAUGGUCUGGUGUGUCACUCCCUGAAGCUGAGAUCCCUGCUUGGCUUGCCUGAGAAGGACACCUGCGUAGAUGUUCUUCCAGAGGAAACAGUGGAAGUAAAACAACCUAUAAAAGGAGGAAAAGAAGACAAAAUAACCAGCAGAAAAGAAGAGAGAAGGUCAGUUGGUGGUAAAGAUAAAGAAGACAAAAAAAGAACAAGUAAGACUGCAGGGAAAGAAAAGGAGGAACGCCCAAACAGCAGAAAGACAAAAGUAAAAGAUGAGAAAAAGUUGAAAUCUUCCACUUCAUCACAGAAGGUGAAAGAGGUAGCACAAGCUGUAGAAGCUGUAGUUGCAGAUCCCGCAGAACCUCCUCAGCAGCAGGUGGACCCUAUUUUGUUUGGAACGUACCAGGAAAAACUUUAUAUUGAAGUCUAUGAGCUGCUGGAUUCAAUGGACUUCUUGACAGCGGCUUCUCUGGGGCAUUCAGGAUCUCAGUGAAAAUGCUGUAUUCUGAGGGAUGUGCCACCUUGCCUUUUCUUACACACAUACCUAUUUAUGUGCUGAUCAUGCAGUCUCUUUUUAUGCAGCCUAAUGUACCCAUGCCCCAUUCUGAGUCAACUCUUACUUGCUUACUUCCAAGACUAA